UGUCCUCCGGUGACUCUACAGUCUGUUCUCUUGUGGUAACUGGCAACUGUUUACAAAAAUAAAAGUUGUAACGGAGAUACUUCCUUGUGAGAUAUUUCCACUUUCCUUGAUCGAGACUCAACAACGGAUCCUAAACAUUGGGUCUCCCAGGCCACAGCACUGAGCUCGCUGACGUCUCGUGUCGCAACGUUUGUGUAUUAUUAACUUUUUCAGCUCAUAAUGGCGACGUUUACCUGUCUCAGCUGUCACGUAGUCUUUGUUGACGGCGAUGGACAGCGAGAUCAUUUUCGAUCUGAUUGGCAUCGAUAUAACUUAAUGAGGAAAGUUGCCGUGUUACCUCCAGUGUCCAGAGAAACUUACAACGAACGUGUUGUCCAGGCCCAAGGCAACGCUCAGCAGGCGACAACAAAUGCUCAUGAGAAGAUACCUUGCAGACCUUGUAAGAAAACCUUCACUUCCCAGAAUGCCUACGAUAAUCACCUCAAAUCCAAAAAGCACUCAGAGGUUGUUGUUGCUCAAGCAGAAGAGAUUAAAAACAAGAAGAAUAAAGGGAAGCAAAGACAACCUAAACCGACAGAGGAAGAUGAUGAAGAAGAUGACGAGGAUACGGAGGUUGAAGAAGUGGACAGUGAUGAGUGGGAGGGAGAUACAAUAGAGCUGCUGGACUGCCUGUUUUGUUCACACCAUUCUGAUACUCUGGAGGACGAGCUGCAUCAUAUGACAGAAAAACAUUCCUUCUUUGUUCCUGACCUUGAGUUUUGUGUGGAUGUGUCAGGUCUCAUUACAUACCUGGGAGAAAAGAUUGGGUGUGGAUUUGAGUGCCUUGCCUGUAAGUGGAGGGCUCGACGCUGCCCAACACUAGACUCCAUACGCAAACACAUGGUCGACAAAGGACAUCGUAAAAUAGUCCUGGACGGUGACACCUUGCUGGAGUAUGCUGAGUUCUAUGAUUAUUCCUCCUCAUACCCAGAUGCAGGUGAGGGCGCUGCAGGUGAAGAAGAGGUGCAUCAGACGGUCCUCACAGGGGACGGGUAUGAACUGGUAUUGCCUUCUGGUGCUUGUAUUGGUCACAGGUCCCUCCGCAGAUAUUACCGGCAAAAGAUAGAUCCAAAUCACCUGGCUGUUGUCCUUAAGAAGAAACCUGGUGCAGCCUUCCCUAGUGUUAUGGCAAAAUAUCGUUCUCUGGGCUGGAAUGGAGCUACAAGGGCAGACAUUGUGAGGAAAUCCCGAGAUUUGAAGUUCAUGCAUAGGUUGCAGAACAAGCAACAAAUGAAGCUUGGAGUCCGUGCCAAUAAGCUGUUUGUUACAAGACCACAGAAUCCAGUUUAAGCACAACUUUUUUAUUGAGGUUUUCAGAUGUUAUAAUCUGUUGUCACAGUUAAGGUUUGGUUUUUACAUAGGUAUAUAAAGUGUGAUACCACUCUUAUUCAUAUUUUUAUUUCGGUAUAUAGGUAUAUAUAGAGUGUGGUACCACUCUUAUUUGUACUACAGUAUUUCCUCUCUCUACUGAAAUAGUUGGUGAGCAGCCAGUUCGGCAUUUGAAGUUUUUCCGUAUAAAACAAAUCCAAUAAACUUGUCCAAUUAAA